CUUAUAUCAUCCAUUUACACGUACUUAAGUAGUCUGCAAGUUGGGAUUUCGUUUCAAUAUCAUAGUGUAGCUGCUACUCACAAGAGCCCGAUUUGAAAUAUAAUUCAGCAAAAUGGAUUCAAAUGUAUUCGAAAUAUUCUACAGAGCGCCAGCAGACCCUGUGCUGGCCAAGAACAUGCCAAUGACAGCCUCCCACUGGCCUGUUUCGUUACUCCUAGUGGGAUACUUACUGUUCGUAUUAAAAAUCGGUAGAAUAUUCAUGGAAAAGCGCAAACCGUACAAUUUGAAAAAUAUUAUUCUCGUCUAUAAUAUUUGCCAGAUGAUCUACAAUGCCGCUAUGUUUUCUUAUGCUGUACACUUCAUCUUCGUAAAUACGACGUACGACCUACUAUGCAUGGAAAGCCUGCCGCACGAACAUCCGUUUAAGGAUACGGAACGUUGGCUUACGUAUAUCUACUUCCUGAAUAAGGUGAUAGACCUGUUGGAUACCGUGUUCUUUGUGCUACGAAAGAGCUCUAAGCAGAUAACUGUACUCCACGUUUACCAUCAUGUCCUGAUGGUGUCUGCAAUGCAUUGGGUGCUGCGGCUGUACGGAGUCGGCGGCCAAUACAUGAUGAUGGGAUUAUUCAACACUUUUGUGCAUACCGUCAUGUAUUUCUACUACUUUAUUUCGGCAAUGUAUCCGGAGCUUAAAAGCAGCCUCUGGUGGAAGAAGUACAUCACGAGAAUACAAAUGGGUCAAUUUAUUCUCUUGUUCAUGCAAGCUGCAUUCGUGUUGUUAUUCAAUCCUACUUGCCAAUUUCCAAUAUUCUUGCAAUAUCUACAGCUCUCCCAGUCUUCAGUUAUGAUUGUCAUGUUUGGCAAUUUCUAUUAUCAUGCUUACAUUAAGCCCAAACACCAGAAACAACAAUAACAACCCUCAUACAAAUUAUGA